GUUCGCCUCUCGGUGCGGUCAUGGUGGGGACAUUGUGGUCCCCGUGCCCCCAGCGCUCCUCCGCCGUCGCUUGGUGCCUCUGGCUUUUCGCCGUGUUAGCACUGAGCCGCCUGCCGGUGGCACUGCCCGCCAACCCACUCUCCAGCACCGAGUGUCAAAGCGGCAAAGGCAAAGGAACAAACUGCUCAGAGUUCAAUGAACGAGAAAAUGAUUUCAAGAUGUGUGAUGAGACCACAUGUAAAUUUGAUGGUGUGUGUAAGGAAAUUGGGGAUGACUUGACAUGUUCGUGCCAAUUUCAUUGUCAUACACAUUACAUCCCUGUCUGUGCAUCCAAUGGAGAUACUUAUCAGAAUGAAUGUUUCAUGAGGCUAGCUGCAUGCAAAUAUCAGAAAGAAAUCACAGCAGUAACCGAAGGCUCAUGUUAUACAGAAAAUGGCUCUGGGUCUGGCGAAGGAGAAUAUGAAGGCUCAGGAACAGAAAGACGGCAAAAACAUGUAAAGUGUGGAAAAUGCAAGUACGGGGCUGAAUGUGAUGAAGAUGCAGAGGAUGUCUGGUGUGUGUGCAAUAUAGACUGCAGCAGAUUCAACUACAACCCGGUGUGUGCAUCUAAUGGAAAAUCGUAUGAUAGUCCUUGCCUUGUCAAAGAAGCAUCCUGCCAGAGACAGGAAUGGAUUGAAGUAAAACGGCUUGGUAAAUGCCAAGAUGACACUGCUUCUUUGGGGAAAGACAACGGAUUUCAGCUGGGUACAGAAGUUAAAGAUGCCAGUGAUCAAAGAGAAGAUAUUUACACCGGGAACUACCAACCGUGUUCUGAAAAUAUCUGCAUGCAUGGCAAAUGUGAAUAUAUUUAUGCUCGCCGAGAGACAUCCUGUCUCUGUGACUCUGGAUACAUUGGACAGCGCUGUGAAAACAGAGACUUCAGUAUUCUAUAUGUUGUUCCAAGUGGGCAAAAACUUCACUAUGUCUUAAUUGCAGCAAUAAUUGGAGCUGUGCAGAUUGCCAUAAUAGUUGCUGUGGUGAUGUGUAUAACAAGGAAAUGUCCAAAAAAUAACCGAGGCCGUCGACAGAAACAAAACCUAGGACAUUUUAACGCAGACUGCACCACUUCAUCAAGGAUGGUCUAGUUUAUCAUUUUUAUACCUUUUUUCUUCAUUUACCAUGUCUCACCAAUUGCUGAAUUAUAAGUGAUUUUUCUUUUCCUAAGAAGAAGAUUUUUGUUUCAGAGGCCUUGGUUUUCUGAACCUGUGCCAGCAUAGGAAUUACUGUGUCUGGUGAUAUGACCAGGAUGCUCGAGUGAUAGAUAAAUAAAUGACAGUCUAUUCAUAACUGACAGUUUCACCAGUAGGAGGGUUCCUUGAUUUUUAGAAAAAAAAAUUCAAACUGAGAUGCAGGAACAAGUCAAGAUGAUACAGCUGGCCUCAAAAUGAAAUACUAAUGAAAGGACCAUUUUUGUACUUCACGAGCAGAAUUUUGCUCUUUAUUUAUGCCACUCACAUGUUGUGUAAUAACCUUGCUACAAUGUUAUUAAUAAAUUACAAAUGACACUUGAAAGGCAGAGAACUACUUGAAGAAGUUUUAAAUAAGGGAUUGACGGAACCUGCUAAAGACAGGAGGAUUAAAGAAAAGGGAAUAAAAUGUUUACAACUAACUUUCCUUGCAAGAAACGAAGGGGUUUUUUUGAAGUUAUUAGGAAAUGAUGCAUUUUCAAACACUAUUUGCAUGAUUUGUGGAGCUGUGUACUGUGAUUAGUUUAAAUUCAAAGCUGUUUGGAUUGAGUAUGUGGUCGACAUCUGAGCCGUGCCAUUUGGAUAACUCUGAGUCCGCAGCUAUAUUUGACUCCCCUUGGUGUAAAUUUAGUAACUCAUCAAUGUAACUGGUGGUGCUUAUGGUGUGUGCCACAGGAAAAAAAGAAUUUGUUUUGUAGAACAAGACUUUAGGUUGAUCAUUUGGUGUAUUUAUUGAGAUUCAAAUGGUUUUAAAAGUUGAAUUGAUACACUGUUAUUAGUCACCAUCAUGCUGUGAUAAAAUACACUGUAAUUAUUUAAACAUGUGUUGUAUUUGAGAUUACGUUGCAAACGGUACUAAAAUCUCAACAGUGUCACCUACUGGGCAUGUGUGUUUAGGGUUGUGGUUUAACAAAGUUUCAUGGUUCUGUCACUGCAGUGACAAGGGUGUGAGCUGCCUUUAUAACACAAUACUGCAUUAUCCCGAAAUUCAAAACAAUUUUGACCUCAGCGAAAUUAAGUGGUGCCAUUCAGUUCUCAUCUGAUCUGUCAAAAUUCUG